AGAGAAAGAGACGGCUGGUCAAAUGACAAACUGAUUGAGAACUUUCAAGCACUUUCUCUCUCCACCCCGCUUUAAAAACACAGCCUUGUCUACAGUGCAGUAGCAAACUGCAGUUUUUGGUCUCAAAGCACCACACCCUCUCGUCCAUCUCCUUGGCUUUCAUUUUUUGUUUCCCUUCAGCUGGACGCUUCUUGUUCCGCUUUCUUCUCCUUAGCUGCAAUACCAUGAGACUAGAAGGGAACCCGCUAGACCUCAAUAGCUUGCCAGAGGAACAUGGUAAGCAACCGCUAGAGGAAAGCUCGAUGACUACUGCAGCUUCCGCUGACAUUACGCGGUUCAAGAAAAAGAAGAGUGCAGUCAAGGAUGAUUCGGCAAAGGUGUAUGAGUGUCGUUUUUGCUCCCUCAAGUUCUGCAAAUCUCAAGCGCUGGGCGGGCACAUGAACCGGCAUCGCCAAGGCAAGACGAUGACCGCAUAGUAGUGUUGUU